GUUAUCGCGAGAUUUGAUCAGCUGAUGCGUCUCUGUUUUUAGAGUGUGCGUUAGGACGGUCAACACGUGGGGAGGAGAUUCAAGAGACAUAUAUAUAUAUAUAUAUAUAUAUAUACACACACAUAUACACGAAGAGGGGGGACACGUUGGGAUUGUGCUGGGCCUUGAACACGUAACAUUAAUAUUAUACGGUGGCGGUGCGAGGGACGCAUAAACACAGUGUAGCUGCUAGGGUCCAGAGGAGAUGCCACUGAGGUUCCGGUCCUUUGUUCCGUAUACGCUUCCUGGAGUGCUGGCGCUCAUAGGCUGGUGGUGGUACAUCUCCCGCAAGAAAGAGCGAAUCACCAGCCACGACAGUGAGGAGGGGUCAGUUAUGGGCUUGCGAACCUCCUCUGGUGAGGGCAGCAAUGGGAUGGUCGACAAGAGCUGCCCUGCGGCAAGCAGCACACGCCGCAGAACCAGCCGAGACGGAGUCAAGGCCAAAGAGCACAAACCUGUUGAGCAGGAAGUUCUAGAGGAGAUUCACACACCGGUGCUAAAAGCCACUGCGGGAGAGGCUCUCGGCACCCCUCCAGUUGUGUUGGCCAGUGGACAGCUAAGCGCUCCUCAGAGCGGUACAAAAUCAGUCCCUCUACAAAGCCAACCAGAGACAACAACUCCUGUGUCAUCUUCAACCCCAACAAAAACAGUGGACGAGAGCACUCAUCACAAAGGACCAGAGGCUGCCAUUGGCAGCAAACCUUCAAGCCAGUUACCGUCAGAUAUAGCGAGCACUGGUUCAGUCAAGAAGCAGGUCGAAAACCAACCACUAACUAAGCAGCGUCCUGCAGAGCUAGUCAAAGCAGUGCGACCUGAACCUGAGGGAGAGGUGGCCGCUGAAACCUCGGCACCAACUUGCAAUCAGAAUUUGCCGGCUGACAUUUCAAAAGAUGACCUGGCCUCCGCCACAUCAUCAGCAGAGGGCGAGGCUGUGUUGCUGGAGACCUGCAGCCCAAAAACACAGCUGACUCUGAUCUCGUUCCCCAACUCCACCAGCACACCCCUUUCAGAAAGCUCCAUCGAGGCUCAGCACCAUGAAAACGGAGACCUGGGCUUGCCGGCCGAGACCAGUCCAGACAUGCAGGAGCUCCAGCGUCUCGCAGCAGGGCUGAUCACGGAGGUCAUCUCGGCAGCCACCCAGGAGGUCAUGGCGGUCAGCAGCUGUGAGUCCCGGUACAGCAAGGGCUCUAAAGCAGCUGACAACAGCACGCCCUCUGUAAAUGGUAAGGAAGUGGAGUCGUAUGUACCUCCAGAGAGCAUGGAAAGCACAGAGUCACGGGCGGUGCAGAUAGCCAAAGACAUCGUCAACGGUUGUCUGGUGCCUUCGCUCUGGAAAAUGCCGGAGAAUGAGAAGGAAAGAGGCUCAUUGACUGUGUCGUCUGGGGAACAGUUGGAGUCCACGCCGGUUCUGGCCAAGCUGCAGGCUGAGGAAGCUCUGGUGGAAGACUCAGGAUGUAGCACGUGCCAGUCAGAGGAUGGCAUCAGCAGCGAGGAUCUCCAUAGCACAGGGUUGUCCUUGAAUGUGUCUGAAAGUAAAGAGGACCUCAUUCAAAUUUCAGGGACUUGUAGGGCCUCAGAGGGUCAAGGAGAUGGACUGCAGGAGAGUCUUGGUCUAAUAGCCUCUCAGGAGUCCCCACUUACUGCAGAAAACGUGGCUACGGUUUGCGAGGCAGCACGGUUGAAUGGAACAGUCUUUAGGAAUGGUACUGCUAAUGAUGUAGAAGCUGACCAAUCAGGAGGAUCAGAUGUGAAUAGCAUGGAUUCAGUGGACAGCUGUUCAACCUUGGGGGCAGGAGACAGCCAGCUGAGUGGCAGCCAGACCUGUCAAUCACAGAGCUCUGAGCUUAUUGUGUGGGAGAUUGAGGUGCCAAAGCAUCUAGUGGGACGGCUAAUUGGCAAACAAGGAAGAUACGUGAGCUUUUUGAAGCAAAGCUCCGGUGCUAAGAUCUACAUUUCAACCCUGCCUUAUACUCAAGAGUUUCAGAUCUGCCAUAUAGAGGGAACCCAGCAGCAGGUAGAUAAGGCACUGGCCUUGAUUGGGAAGAAGUUCAAAGACUUGGACCUGACCAACUUGUACGCCCCACCUCACCCACCGCUAACGCUGCCCUCUCUGCCCAUGACUUCCUGGCUUUUGUUGCCCAAUGGGGUGACAGUCGAGGUGAUUGUGGUGAACAUUGUAUCAGCCGGUCACCUGUUUGUCCAGCAGCACACUCACCCUACGUAUCACGCCCUGCGCAGUCUGGACCAACAGAUGUUCCUGUGCUAUUCACAGCCUGGGACGCCCCCCUUGCCAUCGCCUGUUGAAGUUGGAGUGAUUUGUGCGGCCCCAGCUGUAGAUGGAGCCUGGUGGCGAGCGCAGGUCAUCUCCUUCUACAAAGAUUCAUCCGAAGUGGAAAUUCGAUAUGUUGAUUAUGGUGGCUAUGACCGAGUCAAGAUUGACACCCUUCGACAGAUCAGGUCAGACUUCGUGACAUUACCGUUCCAAGGAACAGAAGUGUUAUUGGACAACAUUGCCCCACUUCCAGGAGAAGAUCGGUUCUCCGCGGAGGCCAAUUCUGCACUGGAAGAGAUGACGAGAGGAGUUCCAUUGCUGGCACAAGUCACCAACUACGACAAUAAUACAGGACUUCCUUUAGUACACAUGUGGAACAUGGUGGGAGAGGAGCUGGUCCUGCUCAACCGCACUUUGGCAGAGCGAGGUUAUGGCACUUGGGUGGACAGUUUCUGAUCCUCCAGAGCUCCCUCGCCCUCCUCUCCUCAUUCACCUCGUGGUCCACCUGCCCCUUAAUUAUCACCACGCAUCAUGAAUAUCUGCAGGUUCUGUCCUCCUCACCCCAUCGUGUCCUCCCCACCUUCUACCUGAAGUGCGCAUUACUGGCUCUGGGAGUUUCUUUUUUGGUUUGUUGUCCUCUCCAUGCUGCCUUUUUCUAUUUUCUUUUUUUCUUUUCUAUCCCCUUGCAUAAGAAAUCAAUACUGUAUGAAAGCAAAAAAUGAAGAGUCAAGUGUCAAUGGCCGAUCAACCAAUAAGGACUGAAGUUUUCUUGACUCUAUGCUCUUGUAAAUUUUAAAUAUAACUAAAUAAAGGUUAAUCAUGUUUUCCGUCCGAUCAGACUCCUUCCAGCACAAAAAACAACUGUGGAUUAUCAUGCCGUGGGUGAAAAAUCUGUAGUAAUAAUAAAAGUACAUUUCAGAAGAUAACUAUGGUGAAGUUAAGACUCAACGAUGUUGCUGCUGACCGUAAUCUUGGGUCAUGAGACAUCAUAUUUGCAUUUACACUAUCAUGGCUUCAUCCCAGUGUUUCACUGUUGGGUGGGUUUCGGAAAGCUGAUCUGUAGAUAUGGGUACAGUUCGGCAAGGAAUAAAUGACCACCACUCCAUCUCGAUGUCUGUCUGCACAACAGUGUGGUCUUGGAGGGUGAUACGCAGCCCAUCUCAUGACCUCCCUCUUCACCACAGUCUGGAUCGGUAGGACUCCAACAGCCUUCGGCGUCAAUAGGCCUGUCGCCAAGAGUCACUUCAUUUACUUCACCAAUUACGAAGUCUUUUAAUCCAGGAGACGUCUGUGCCCUCCUGACCUCUGGGCCAUUAUAGGAAAGACUAUGCUGAGUCUUCAGCCCUAGAGCGACACUAGAGUUCGAAUGGUGCUGCUAAAAAGGGUGUUCUUUACGCUGAAUACUGACCUGUGGGGACACUAAAUAAAUGACUACAAAAACCAGAACAGUACUGUGUGAGGGGGACAGCAGGGAACUUCCAUUCUGGGUGGAUGAACUGCAUUCAAUGGGUCUGUGUGUUUUUGUAUGCAUGUAGUUUUGCUCGAAAGCACGUCAAUUCACAUGUCGCAUUAUCAUUUGUGUAAUGGGCCGCUUGCUUUUGUCUCACUCAAGAUCCAUCUCGCAAUAACGUCACGUCUAGUGGACCCAUUGCCAUUAAUGUCUCUUUGCAUUCUGUAAAUAACUUGGUACACUGUGUCCAAUCCCAGCAACCCACCCAAUUGGCUAUUAGAAGAAGCUGUCGGUACACCUACCUGUCUUGGAGAAGAUAAAAAGCUUUAAGCCUUA